AUAUGCCGUACUACGAGGAGGAACGUCGUCAUCACCAUCAUCAUCAUCAUCAUGGUGGCCGACCCAUUGUGGAGGUCGACAUCAUACCCCCAAGGCUGCCCCGCCCCGUGAUUGAGAUCGGUGUGGGUGGUCGCCGUCCACCGCCGCCCAUGGUGGAAGUGAUCACACCCGCAGCUGUGUACCAGCCGCCCUAUCAGCCACAGUACCAGCAGCCGCAGCGACCCAUUGUCGAGGUGGAUGUCGUGCAGCCCAGCAGGCCCUUCAUUGAGUUCAACAUUGGCGGUCGUCGUCCGCCCCCAAGGGAGGAGAUCAUCAUUGUGCAGCAGCCGCCACCACCCAGAUGGUAGACUGGCAAAUGGAAGUGGAACUGGAACUGGAAAAUGCCAUCAACGCCAUCAGUUAAUUGGAAAUCCGUUUCAAAUGUUUGUUUAAAUAAGUUAAAUGCAUUUUAUUUUAUUUUAAUUGAAAUCUACAUGAUUGCCUUUCAAUGUUGUUUGUCCUGUGUCCUUUGGUGUGAUUGUACUUUUAUUGAAAUGUACAUACAUACAUAUAAAACAUAUAUAAAUGUUAAUGGCAUAAAUAUGAAAAUUAAACUGUUUGGCAAUUGUCAUUUUUUUUUUUUUGUUCUGAUUGUACUUUGUAACGGAAAUGAUUGAUGUCCUUUUUGGCCCGCAGUGUUGGCUUAUCAAUUAGUGUACAACUAUUUGCCAUGUACAUUCCAUCGUGGGUUUUCCCUCUCGCUUUUUAAUUUUAAUAAAAUCUAAACUGCAAAAUGGCA